AUGUCGACAGAAAUGGAAAUCGAUUCAGCGCCGCCAACGGCUACCGACAUUUCCACGGCAGAUGAGGCGGGCGCAAAGAACGGCGACACAAAUACUGGCACCGCCUUGCCCAUCGACACCAAGACACAACCGCAACAGACCAAUGUCGGGUCUGAAGCACGCACGGCGCAAGGGGCUGUCGCAGUGCGCAGUAUCGAAGGCUGGAUUGUGGUCGCGACCAAUAUCCACGAAGAGGCCACCGAGGAAGACAUCACGGAUUUGUUCGGGGAAUAUGGCGACAUCAAGAAUUUGCAUCUCAACUUGGAUCGGAGGACAGGUUAUGUCAAGGGCUAUGUUCUCAUCGAGUAUCCGACCCAAGUCGAAGCCGCGGCAGCGAUCAAAGCUCUGAAUGGUACCAAACUCCUCGAGCAGACCAUCUCCGUCGACUACGCGUUCGUCCGACCGCCACCGAAAGACAAGGGCCGCGCAGGCAAGACGAAUGAGCGCCGCGGCGGCCGAGCCGCAGCAGGCAGGAGUCGCAGCCGAAGCAAAUCCAAGAGCAGAAGUCGGAGUAGAUCUCGCAGUCGCAGUCGCAGUGGCAGCCGGGACGUGGAAGGACGUCGUGCGCCGGACGAGGACAAAAUGGAAAGGGAUUGA